AUGGUCUUUCUCUGGCAGCAUUCAGAGCCACUUUCAGAGCCAGUCGUCUUGUGUUUUCCUUGUGCUUUCCUGGUGCUUCAUGCUGGUGCUACUGUUUUGUUUUCACAGAAUAAAGUGGUGGAUGUGGACAAUCUCAAAGUCAAACUGCAGAUCUGGGAUACAGCUGGCCAGGAAAGGUUCCGCAGUGUAACACACGCCUACUACAGAGAUGCCCAAGCCUUACUCCUGCUUUAUGAUAUCACCAACAAGCCAUCAUUUGACAACAUCAGGGCUUGGCUGACUGAGAUACAUGACUAUGCCCAGAAGGAUGUGGUCAUCAUGUUGCUCGGCAACAAGACCAAGACUCUUUACUGA